ACGAGCCAAGCAGGCAUAACUGUGCGCUUGUUUUCCCGGCGGGGACCGGAGAGUUGACACAUAACGGUACACUGCCGACUUAUUGUAACUGGGCGGUGUCGACUGAAGGCUGAAGGAGGAGGUUGUCUGUGUGCGGCUGUUACAAGAGAGAGAGAGAGAGAGAGAGAGAGGAGAGAGAGAGAGAGAAGAGGGGCGCAUUCAAGGAAUUCAUUGUUGCUCUAACCGGUGGACACACUCGCUACAUUGCUUGAAGACGCCGACAAGACAGAGUGAAGAGUGCCGGAGGAAAACAUGGUUGAUUACUAUAAUGUCUUGGGAGUUUCCAAAACUGCCUCUCAGGAUGAAAUCAAGAAGGCGUACAGGAAACUAGCACUGAAAUGGCAUCCGGACAAAAAUCCGGAGAACAAAGAGGACGCAGAGAAAAAGUUCAAAGAGCUGGCUGAGGCCUAUGAAGUCUUAUCUGACAAAAGUAAGCGUGAAGAAUAUGACAGAUUUGGGAACGACACAAUGAGAGACAGAGGUUCCUCCAGCUCAGACUUUCCGUCAGGAUUCUCCUUCACAUUCCGCAGCCCAAACGAUGUGUUCAAGGACUUUUUUUCGGGCCAGGACCCCUUUGCUUAUUUCUUUGAUGACUUCUCCUCCUUUGAAAGCCCAUCCUCUCGCCCCGGCCCCAGUCGGUUCUUCUCCUUUCCUUCAGCAGGAGCUGAUUUCACCUCCUUCUCCUCUUCCAUGGGAGGUCUUGACGGGAUGGACAGCAUCGGUGGAGGGAUUGGAAAUAUCAAAUCAGUAUCUACCUCCACUCGCGUCAUAAACGGAAAACGCACCACCACAAAGAAGACAAAAGUGAACGGGCAGGAAAGAGUAGAGAUUGAAGAGGAUGGGGUGUUGAAGAAAGUUCUAAUUAAUGGUGUGGAGGAUGACAUGGCCCUGGCACUGGAGCUGAGCCGACGAGAGGGACAGCCCGGUCACUCCCCUCAGAAGCCGAAGAUCCCAAACAGAUCAUCUGCCGACUCACACACUGAGUCAACACAUCGCUCUUUUAGCUCCGCCCCCUUCUACCACUACGGGGUUGAGGCAGCCAGCGACGAUGACGAAGACCUGCAGAUGGCUCUGGCAUGCAGCCUGUCAGAAAUGGAAGCCGAGCAGAGAGCAGCUGUAACGGACAUCAUAACAGGUGCUGUGCGCGCAGGCAAAGUUAUGGCCGACAAAGGUGGUGGCCAUCAGAGACGUGUGUUUGUUAAGACUACAACUGUUAAUGUUGAUGGUAGUGAACACACGCUUUCAGGGGAGGUCGGUGAGAAUGGGCAGUUUAAAAUGGGCCCAGAGUCCGGAGGUGGGUGGAAAACAGGGGGGGAAGGAAGCAGGGAAUCAGACUCUUCUCCUGAGUCUCCCACAACGACCAGCAGUACAGCAGAGAGUCAAAGCAGUAAGCAGGAGUCUGAGAGUGCCACAAAAAGCAGUGAACAAGAGUCUGAGUGUGCCACAAAAAGCAGUGAACAGAGUCUGAGUGUGCCACAAAAAGCAGUGAGCAGGAAAGUGAGCUUGCCACAAAAAUCAGUGAGCAGGAGUCUGAGCGUGAGUGUGCCAUAAAAAACAGUGACAAGGGUGUGAAAAAGAAAAACAAGUGUGGCUGCGUUGUGAGCUAACUCGGUGCGUGUGCCUUAUUUCUAAUACUUAUACCUCAUUGUUGUGCCUACAGCCUAACUCUAAUGUAAUGUGAUUUACAGUCACUUAUUUGAAGGCGGUGCCUCAACUCGCUCAAGGCUUCUCUGAAAGAGAUGACUAUCAUAAUUGACAGAGUUUGGAGUGUUUUUGCUGUGGCUCUUAUGAUUGCCAACAUCAAUGUAUCAAUGUAGUUUGCCAAUCAGUAGUUUUUUUUUGUGUGCCAAAUAAUAACAAACGGGAUCUGAUGAUUAUAGCACAGGUCUAUAGUUUAUUCUUUGUUUUAUUAACACAUCUAAAAGCUGUGAUCAGUGUUUGGAUACAAAGCAAAACACAGGAAUGUUGCUGAGUGUAUAAAUUUGCCCCAACAUCCCCAGAGGUUGAAAAGAGUGGGAUUAAGAGGGAUUUUCGACGUGGCAAAGAAAAGCGAUUGAAAUUCCUGUAAGGACAGAGUGAUGUUUGUGUGUUAGCAUUAUUCUACUGUGUACAUGGGUGUGGUGUAUGCCAAGGUCAGUUAAGACCAUGACAUGGAAUUUUCUUAAUCCACCCUAUAGGGAAUCUAUGAGAUGUGAGUCACACUCGUCGUACUAUUCAACUCUAAAUGAAAAUGUAAUGCUCAAUAACGAUCUGUGUUUCCUGCUUAAAUGAUUCUACUUUCAGGAAUAUGUGAAGCACAAACACAUUCACACAUGCCUUGUAAAUACAUGCAGCCUGCCUUUUCCAGUGGGAGUUGUUUAAACCUGUGACCUUCUUUUAACCUCUGUACUUUUGUACUAUUUGCACAUAAAUCCAUUGACCUUAAUGCAUUUUAAUUGAGAUACUAAUAAUGUUUGGUCAGAGAAUGGGCCUCUCUGGUGUUCAGCAUUAUGAAACAAUAACUUAGUUACAAAUAAUCAUGAUUACAUUUUUUACAUUUUGUUUUUCACUUGCUUAUACAACUUAUAUACACAAUGUGCCAAGUUAGGGAAUCAAGUGAUUCUCAAUCAAAGCAAAUGCAUUUGAGUGAAGGACUUCAACAGAGUUUUUGUGCUUUUAGAGACUUUUUCCGCUCGCACCACAUUGCAGCCCAACUUUCCACCAUAAUAAGUAAACGAUAGAGCUCCACAAGAAUGAUUGGGAGUACCGUCAUGUAUUCUUAGAAUGGGAGACUGUCGCUGCAGUUUGUUUCACAACUUCCACGACUUUGAAAGUAUGACAAUCUACAUGUCUUCAUUUACUCAGUUAAUGGUGUCAGUGUUCUCUUGAUAUGAACAUUUGAAUCCACAUCACUUAAGACCACCAAAUGACCUUGAAUCAGAGAAAAUAUUUUCUUGUACACACCCCAGUCAUACAUGAUACAUGAUCCAUGCAUUCAAACUGGUGUGUAAAUCAAACUGGUCCUCCUGUCUAGUCCUCAGAGUAACUGGUGGCUAUUUUGGGGAAACAGAUGGUUUCUCCUAUGCAUAUAAAUAUCAGCUUGUAUUAUUUGUAUUAUAUUGUACUGCCAUGUGCUUUUGUUUUGGAUUGUUCAAAGGGAAAAACAAAUAAUAAAGAUUGACACGAAUAGCAGUGACA